AUGGCUUCAAUUCCUCCGCUUAUCGAUCCUCUAUCUUCUUCCCUACUAUGUUCUACAACCACUUCCGUCCCUGCCACCGCCUUCUUCCACCGUUUGUGUAUAACCUCAUCUCCUCCAGUGCUCGCCGCUACGCUUUCUUCUCCUUUCCGCCUUACAGAUCCUCGCAGACCAUUGCUCAUCGUCGCUGCAGCUACCACUUUGAUGUCCAAUUUCGUUCAGGGGUUUUCUGAAUUUGUAGUGAUGGCUGCAGACACUGAAGAUUUUGAAAUGAUUUCCCAUAUUCCAUUCCUUACUAAAUAUAAGCAUGGUACAACCAAGGAUUGUAUUAUGUUGAAGAUUAUUCGUGUUCUUCCCCCCGUUGUUCCUAGCCGUCAAGUGAAAGCAAACUCCUCAACAUGGGAGGCAUCGGGUGAGACAUUAAACAACAUUGACCAUGAAGCAAUGGCUGUUGACCCUGCACUUGUAUUAACCAUCCAGGUUAUGUUGACUGACUUUGGGGUAGCAAAUCAAUUUGAUGAAAGCACAAGGUUAAAUUCCAUGUGUGGGACAUUAGAAUAUAUGACACCUGAAAUUAUACAAGGGAGGGGCCAUGAUAAGGCCGCUGAUUGGUGGAGUGUUGGAAUUUUAAUGUAUGAAAAGCUUUUUGGAAAGGUUGCCUUUGCUAGAGGUGGAAACAGACAGAAGAUUCAGGAGAAAAUAGUGAAGGACAAGAUAAAGCUUCCAGGAUUCUUGUCAAGUGAAGCACAUUCGCUUUUGAAAGGGGUAAUGUUGUAA